AUGGAAGAGCCGGGGCAACUUAAACGAGCGUUGAUUGAUGCCACGGCAGGGGCAUUAUCUGGCGCAAUCUCGAGGACUGUCACAUCACCUCUCGACGUAAUUAAGAUUAGAUUUCAGGUUCAACUGGAACCCACUACACAGUGGGCAUUGCUUCACAAAGAUGUGUAUGCUCCAUCAAAAUAUACUGGAAUGCUGCAAGCGACCAAGGAUAUCUUUAGAGAGGAAGGCUUACGGGGGUUUUGGCGGGGUAAUGUCCCAGCCUUGCUUAUGGUUAUGCCAUAUACAGCAAUACAAUUUACGGUUUUGCACAAGUUGAAGACGAUGGCUUCCGGUUCUUCAAAGUCAGGAGAUCACAUCCAUUUAAGUCCGUAUCUUUCUUAUAUCAGUGGGGCACUGGCGGGCUGUGCCGCUACUAUUGGAUCAUAUCCAUUUGAUCUUCUAAGAACCAUUUUAGCUUCGCAAGGGGAGCCAAAGGUGUAUCCAAGCAUGAGAUCUGCAUUUGUUCAUAUAAUUGAAACCCGGGGCUUUCAAGGGCUGUAUGCUGGAUUAACACCUACCAUGGUUGAGAUAGUUCCUUAUGCUGGAUUGCAGUUCGGAACCUAUGAUACAUUUAAGCGUUGGGCAAUGGCUUGGAACCGUUAUAGAUCUUCGGAUGGUAGCAGAACUGAUUACACCCUUUCAAGCUUCCAGCUCUUUCUUUGUGGAUUAGCUGCCGGAACAUGUGCUAAAGCUGUCUGUCAUCCGUUAGAUGUGGUCAAAAAGAGGUAUCAGAUUGAAGGUCUACCAAGGGAUCCAAGAUAUGGAGCUCGAGUAGAGCAUCACGCGUACAAAAAUAUGUAUGAUGCCCUCAGACAAAUUUUGCUCACGGAAGGUUGGGCCGGACUCUAUAAGGGCAUUGUCCCAUCAAUUGUCAAAGCUGCACCUGCUGGUGCUGUAACAUUUGUUGCAUAUGAGUUCAUGUCUGAUAGCAUCAGUGUUGAAGCGCUCGACUGUUUAGGGAAUAUUCAUUGGGCCAUCAUAUCAUCGGCCAUCAUAUCAUCAGCCUUCCCCUGUUGCAGAAGGACAACCUGGUGUAGCUGCGACACAUUUAAGGUUCCAGGAGGAGUAGGUCUUUCCUCGUAG